AUGACCUACUGUACAUACUGCUUGAUUUUGGGGGUGGGGAAUUCACUUAGGUUUUUCAGCAUGAACAGUGCCGCGUGCAACGUGUGCUUCAACAAGUUCGGCUUCUUUUCGAGUCCGAAAGCAUGCGUGGAUUGCGGCCGGCCAGUGUGCAGGGAUUGCUACAAGAAGCCCAAGGGAGUCGUCGGCUUUGACGACAUCUGCCUCGGCUGCUACGAGAAGGAAGCGCUCAAGACGCAGGUGCCGAACGACGCUGUUGAGGCGCCGGCAGCGCUGACGAAGCGACUGCGCGCACUUGCGGAUCCGAAUGCACCGCCACCGGUCGUCGUCUACUGCGACAACCGCUAUUCCCAGUUGAAGCGCGGCCUCUCCAAGGAGGAUGCUGAAAUUGUCAACAGACUUGCCAAGUUGCAGGAGGGAAGGACGACGACGAGGAGUCAAGUAACGGAUGACAUGAUUGCCGAGCGUUUGCAGAGAUUGCGCUCUGCAACCCCAAGUGAUUGUGACCACGAAAGCGUAACGUAUCUGUCUGACAUACCCUUGUCCAACAAACGACAGCCUGCGCCCGUGUUACCAGAAACCGCCGAGGAUUUGAUCAAACGCGUGACGGAAGAGGUCAACAUUGAUGCUUCUUGCCAGCAGAAAGCCAAGGACCAUGUGGAGGAUAUUGCCAAACGAUUGCGACAGCUUGGACGUGAUGAUGUGGGCGAGAACAUCCACGGCGAUUCUCGGAGUUGUCGGACGAGUGAUAGUGGUGCGAUUGAUUCUCUGAUCUUGGACGAGGAUGUAGAGGCUGUGGCUGCCAGGUACGUGGCAGAGGCCGAAUUGGAAAAGGCGACCCGAAUGCGGGACACGCAAGAGGAGAUGAAAUACGAUAGUGGCGGCGAAGAAUUGCCGUUCUGCACAAUUUGUAACGAAGACGCGACGAUCCGUUGCAUCUCUUGUCAGCACGAGGGUGCCCCCUGUUGCGGUGAUGCUGGCGGCACAAGUGUGGGCAGUGACGAGUUCCGGUCCGUGUUGCCCUCGGCUGUGAGCGAUUGGUCGUCUGUGUUCUGUUUGGAUGAGCCCGGGCACAUUUCAGUCAGUCAGUCUCUGCAUGAACUUGUGUCGUGUUGCCGUGAAUUCUGCAGCAUGCGCCACGCGUGGAGUGGAGUGGAGUGUUCGUGGUUGGCGCAUUGCGUGUGUUGUGUUUCCCUCCCAUUUAGUCAGUCAGUCAGUCUCUGCAUGAACUCGUGUCGUGUUGCCGUGAAUUCUGCAGCAUGCGCCACGCGUGGAGUGGAGUGGAGUGAGUUGGCAUGGUCGUACAGGUCGGCAGUGGCGGAAGAUGGCUGUCUCGUGCGACGUGUGCUCAUGAUGCCCGUACUGCCCCGCCGCCGGCUCCUGUCGCUGCACUGGAAGCUGGUGUUGGCGGCUGCCGGCAACCAGUUGUGUGUUGUUCGCCAGACGUUGGUCGGACUGCGGCCCCGAUCCUCGCAGACUCCAGAUCGGGACAGUGAAAGCGCAAUGCUCAAAGGAGCAGGAGUAGGAGGAGGCCGAAGACGGCGAGGAGAAGGCCUGCUGCUCAGGGGCAGCCGAUGGAAGUGGAAGCGCUACUGGACGGCCUUGUCUGUGCUAGUGGCCAACGUGCUCGGCUAUUUGCUCUACUUGCAAUUUCAGGACUCGUUCGUCGAAGAGGAGGACGAGGAAGAAGAGGAGACUGCGUUGACUGCUGUGCCCGUGGGAUUCUGGCAAAAAUGCAUGAUGGCCUUACCCUGGCGGCAUUUGUCUCGGGGCUGGGGCUACUUCCACUCAGUGGAGCUGCCCCCGUUUUUGCAGCCCGUGCUGAUCGGCGGCUACGCAAAAAUUACUGGCUGUGACCUGGACGAGGCGGCGGACUCGGACUACUCGCACUAUCGCAAAAUUGGCGACUUUUUCAAGCGGGCACUCAAGCCGGGCUGCCGACCAGUGGAUGAGACUGCAGCACUGGUGAGUUGUGGUGGUGUUGGUGCCCCCUGUUGCGGUGAUGCUGGCGGCACAAGUGUGGGCAGUGACGAGUUCCGGUCCGUGUUGCCCUUGGCUGUGAGCGAUUGGUCGUCUGUGUUCUGUUUGGAUGAGCCCGGGCACAUUUCAGUCAGUCAGUCUCUGCAUGAACUCGUGUCGUGUUGCCGUGAAUUCUGCAGCAUGCGCCACGCGUGGAGUGGAGUGGAGUGGAGUUGGCGUGGUCGUACGAGUCGGCAGUGGCAGAAGAUGGCUGUCGUGGGCUGUCUCGUGCGACGCGUGCUCAUGAUGCCUGUACUGCCCCGCCGCGGGCUCGUGUCGCUGCACUGGAAGCUGGUGUCGGCGGCUGCCGGCAACCAGUCGUGUGUUGUUCGCCGGACGUUGGUCGGACUGCGGCCCCGAUCCUCGCAGACUCCAGAUCGGGACAGUGAAAGCGCGAUGCUUGAAGGAGCAGGAGUAGGAGGAGGCCGAAGACGGCAAGGAGAAGGCCUGCUGCUCAGGGGCAGCCGAUGGAAGUGGAAGCGCUACUGGACGGCCUUGUCUGUGCUAGUGGCCAACGUGCUUGGCUAUUUGCUCUACUUGCAAUUUGAGGACUCGUUCGUCGAAGAGGAGGAUGAGGAAGAAGAGGAGACUGCGUUGACUGCUGUGCCCGUGGGAUUUUGGCAAAAGUGCAUGAUGGCCUUACCCUGGCGGCAUUUGUCUCGGGGCUGGGGCUACUUCCACUCGGUGGAGCUGCCCCCGUUUUUGCGGCCCGUGCUGAUCGGCAGCUACGCGAAAAUUACCGGCUGUGACCUGGACGAGGCGGCGGACUCGGACUACUCGCACUAUCGCAACUAA